AUGGGAAAUCUGUUGUGCUGUGUCAAAGUUGACCAGUCCACUGUGGCUAUUAGGGAAAGAUUCGGAAAGUUUGAUGAUGUUCUCCAGCCAGGUUGCCACUGCCUACCUUGGUUUCUCGGCAGCCAGAUCGCUGGGCGCCUCACUCUCCGGUUGCAGCAGCUGGAUGUGAAAUGCGAGACAAAAACUAAGGUUGGUCUCCUCUUUGUACGCUGGUACUAGAUAUAUAUACUACACGAAUACCCCUCCAGAAUUCUCCAGAAAUUCUGCCCAAGAUGACCGAUUUGAUCCCUGGGAAGAUCAUCUCCUCCUCAUUUUUCUGCCCAAGAUGAGAAAUAUCAUUUCCUCUCUGUGCUGACACUGGAUACAUUAAACGUAUAGUUAUCAGUAUGCUCCAGGAAACUUGUAUCCACAUCUAAUUACCAGUCGUGAUGGUCUAUUUCAUCUCUGGAAAGAUCAAAACACUCAGAUUUGUUCGUCCAUGAUGGGCAGUCGUUGAUGGUGGAGUUCUUGCAGGACAAUGUGUUCGUCAAUGUGGUCGCGUCUAUACAAUACCGCGCUCUGAGUGACAAAGCAAGCGACGCAUUCUACAAAUUGAGCAACACGAGAAACCAAAUCCAAGCUUAUGUUUUUGACGGUGAGUGCUCUUUGAGUAGAUCCUUCAACAGUUGAUUACCAGGUAGACAUGACUACAUUUCCGUGUGGGUGAUGGGCGAGAAAAAUACUCGUACUUUUUCUUCUCCUGCCAGUUAUCAGGGCAAGCGUUCCGAAGCUUAAUCUGGACGACGCAUUCGAGCAGAAGAACGACAUAGCCAAGGCAGUGGAGGAUGAACUGGAGAAGGCCAUGUCGAACUACGGGUUUGAGAUUGUGCAGACGCUCAUCGUCGAUAUAGAGCCAGAUGAGCGCGUGAAGCGAGCCAUGAACGAAAUCAAUGCUGGUAGUGUGCUCCUCCCCAUCCGGUGUUGAAUUUAUCCCAUUUAAUGUUUUCGUUUUAAUACGUUGAUCGGGAGGGAUCUUUAACAUUAUUGGUUAGAUGUUGUUGUUCUAAAAUAUAUGAUGAAAUUAAAAAAAAUCACCAGUAUAUCUGACUUAUUUGUUGUUCAGACGUGUGAUUCUUAGUGUAUUUCCUUUGUCUUUUUGAGAUCAUCCAUAUUUGGGUAUCAUUCUUUCGUAGCACAUUUUUGUUCUGUAGGUAAACGUCAUCAACUUUUUGAGAAUUUUGUGAGAUUCAUCUCGAUGAUUUUUCUGGCGUUGCCUUAUCGAUUGAUGCAAAUGGGAAUCGAAGCUUUUCUUUCAUUCACACCCUUUUCAUCGUCAAACAUUCAACAUUAAUCAUAUGAGAAACGUUAUAAAUACGUUACAACCCCCUCAUCCCUCUUCCUCGCUCAGCUCUUAGGCUCAGGAUGGCUGCAAACGAGAAGGCUGAGGCAGAGAAGAUCCUACAGAUUAAACGGGCGGAGGGGGAGGCUGAGUCCAAGUACCUGGCCGGACUCGGAAUUGCUCGCCAGCGCCAGGCGAUCGUCGACGGGCUCAGAGACAGCGUCCUCGGAUUCUCUGUCAACGUGCCGGGGACGACGGCCAAGGACGUGAUGGACAUGGUCUUGGUCACCCAGUACUUCGACACCAUGAAGGAGAUCGGCGCCGCUUCCAAGUCCUCCGCCGUAUUCAUCCCCCACGGCCCUGGGGCCGUCCACGACGUCGCCACUCAGAUCCGCAACGGUCUCCUCCAAGCUUCUGUGAAUCAGUAG